UAACAAGUACAUUUAUCUGUGAAAGUUGACCUUUUAAAAAUGGCGGCGCCCAUGUCGAUGUCGCGCGCGCUUCAUCGAUACCUCGUCGUGCACACGUGGUGGGCAUGAUUUUCACACAGAAAUGGCUACACCAGAGCCAGCAUCUCGGGCAGUUGAUGUUCCCUGUGUGAGGGAUUCACCAUCUAAUCAAACAAAAGGUCACGGGGGUCGACAACUCACAGAUGUAGAAUGGCAAAAGCUGAAUGCAGACACGGCACUGGUAUCGGACUUCAAACAAGCAAAGCUUGAAAAGGAAGCGCGUAAAAACUGGGACCUGUUCUACAAGAGAAACUCGACCAAUUUCUUCAAAGACCGACACUGGACCUCAAGAGAAUUUGGUGAACUUGCAGAGAUAGAGACAAAGGAUGAAUCCAGGUCAGCCCAGCGGAUUUUAUUGGAAGUAGGAUGUGGAGUUGGCAAUGCCGUCUUCCCCCUCCUGGAAGAAAACAGACAGUUGUUUGUGUAUGCCUGUGAUUUCUCACCAAGAGCUGUACAGUUUGUCAAGGAUAAUUCAGCCUAUGACCCAGCCAGGAUGUCUGCCUUUCAGUGCGAUUUAACCUCCGACCCCUUACGAAGAAGUAUCCCAGAAUGCAAUGUGGACAUUGUCACUAUGUUGUUUGUGUUGUCUGCAAUUCAUCCAGAAAAGAUGUUGGCAGCAUUGAAAAAUGUCUUUGAUGUGCUUAGACCAGGUGGGUGUGUAUUAUUCAGAGACUAUGGGUUAUAUGAUCAUGCCAUGUUACGAUUCAACAAAGGUCAUAAACUGGCAGACAACUUCUAUGUGCGACAAGACGGCACAAGGGCUUACUACUUCACUGAAGAAUAUCUGAGCAAGCUGUUCACAGACGUAGGAUUUGAUGUCGCAAGCAAUGAGUAUGUCUUGAGGGAAACCGUCAACAAGAAGGAAGGAUUGUGUGUGCCUCGGGUGUUUGUCCAGGGGAAGUUCAUCAAGCCGAGUCAAUCACCAUCAAGGGUGACAAAACUGCUGAAUGCUGAUGAGGAGAAAAUGGUCUCCCAAAUAUCUGCUGAUGUUUAAAGUAUCACACAGGGUUUAACAGACGUCACCUGAACAUUGUUAUACAGAUAGCUUUUUAUUGGAUGUAAAUAUUAGCUGGUUUGUACAGUUAAUAAUAAAACUUGUCAACAGUGUGACAAUAAAUUGAUCAUACUUAAUAUUAAUAUUUAAUGGGUCUCUGUUGUCAGAAAACAGUUGAUUGUACUUUGAGAUCACUAACUCCAUUUGGCCGCCGACACAGAUCCAAUUUGCCUAUUAUUUUGAGGUAUGGCUGACAUAAUAGCAGGGCGCUAUUUGGUUUUACCUAAAUCAAACAGCACCCUGCUAUUCUAUCGGACAUACCUUGGAUACGCUGAUGGUAAACCAUCCCGAGUAAAACUGAAGAAAUCGAUGUGUAAGACACAACAUUGCUUUGUUGACAGUGUCCAGAAAUGAUCAUGCGUAAUAUCCAAAUGAACUAAAACAACCGAAGAUAAUUAAUUUUUUUUUUGGUUGAGAACUUAAAUAUAUACCAUUCCAAUUUAUAUCCAUAUCUUGAUGCUGUAACAAUGCAUUAAGAGUAAUAAUAUAACACUUAACUAUGGCAUUUUCUGCAAUAUUUUAAAAAUCAUUACCAAAAACCUGCUCGUUGGG